AUCAAAUUUCGCGCUUUGUUUCACUGCUAAUUUUCAGCCAAUCAGGUGACUCGUUCAAUUCUGCCCGCGAAUGAAAUCUACUUCCGCUCGCCUUCGGAGACUUGUUUUGAAAUCUCGCGAAAUAUGAUUUUAAUAUUUCGUGAACACCUUAACAUUCACAAGGUAAUUAAUGGAAACAUGAAACCAACCACAGAUUCCUGGUUCUGUCACUCAAACAUAUGUAAUCAUGGACUGCUAGAGGGAAUUGCUGGAAAUGGGUGAUCUCAAGAAAGAACCUGUCACUGACACAGGUGUAGUCAUGGACUGCGAGAGAGCAUUGGUGGAGACAGGUGAUCUCCAGAAAGAACCUGUCACUGACACAGGUGUAGUCAUGGACUGCGAGAGAGCAUUGGUGGAGACAGGUGAUCUCCAGAAAGAACCUGUCACUGACACAGGUGUAGUCAUGGACUGCGAGAGAGAAUUGGUGGAGACAGGUGAUCUCCAGAAAGAACCUGUCACUGACACAGGUGUAGUCAUGGACUGCGAGAGAGCAUUGGUGGAAACAGGUGAUCUGAAGGAAGAACCUGUCACUGAAACACGUGUAAUCACGGACUGUGAGGGAGAUUUGCUGGAAACAGGUGAUUUCAAGAAACACAAAGACAAAGAUACUGGUUCAGCAAAGCAUGCUCAUAAGUGUAGUGUUUGCGAGAAAAUAUUUACACAAUCAGGUAGUCUGAAUACACACAUGAGGAUUCACAGUGGAAUCAAGCCUCAUCAGUGUGGUGAAUGUGGGAAAGGAUUUACCCGGUUACAUCACCUGCAGACACACAUGAUGAUUCACAGUGGAGUCAAGCCUCAUCAGUGUAUUGAAUGUGGGAAAAGAUUUAGACGGUCAGGUGAUCUGCAGAAACACAUGAUGAUUCAUAGUGGAGUCACGCCAUUUCAAUGUGUUGAAUGUGGGAAAGGAUUUACACGGUCAGAUCGCCUGCAGUCACACAUGAUGAUUCAUAAUGGAGUCAUGCCUUAUCAGUGUAAUAAAUGUGGGAAAGGAUUUACACGGUCGGAACGCCUGAAGACACACAUGAUGAUUCACAGUGGAGUGAAGCCUUAUCAGUGUGUUGAAUGUGGGAAAGGAUUUUCACGGACAGAUCGCCUGAGGUCACACAUGAGUAUUCACAGUAGAAUCAAACCUCAUCAGUGUGUUGAAUGUGGGAAAGGAUUUGCAGAGUCAGGUGGCCUGAAGUCACACAUGAGGAUUCACAGUGGAGUCAAGCCUUAUGAGUGUGGUGAAUGUGGGAUAGGAUUUACACACUCCCAUAACCUGCAGGAACAUAUGAAGAUUCACAGUGGGGUCAAGCCUUAUCAGUGUGUUGAAUGUGGUAAAGGAUUUACACGGUCACAUCACCUUCAGACACACAUGCGGAUUCAUACUGGAGACAAGCCUUAUCAAUGUGGUGAAUGUGAGAAAGCAUUUACUAUGUCAGCCAACCUGCAGAAACACAUGAGGAUUCACGGUGGGGUCAAGCCUCAUCAGUGUGUUGAAUGUGGUAAAGAAUUUACACGGUCACAUCACCUGCAGACACACAUGAGGACCCACAAUGGAGUCACACCUUAUCAGUGUGGUGAGUGUGGGAAAGGAUUUAAACAGUCAGGUGGCCUGCAGUUACACAUGAGGACCCACAAUGGAGUCACACCUUAUCAGUGUGGUGAGUGUGGGAAAGGAUUUAAACAGUCAGGUGGCCUGCAGUCACACAUGAGGACCCACAAUGGAGUCACACCUUAUCAGUGUGGUGCAUGUGAGAAAACGUUUACACUGUCAUGUGAUCUGCAAAAACACACGAGGACCCACAAUGGAGUCACACCUUAUCAGUGUGGUGCAUGUGAGAAAACGUUUACACUGUCAUGUGAUCUGCAAAAACACACGAGGACCCACAAUGGAGUCACACCUUAUCAGUGUGGUGCAUGUGAGAAAACGUUUACACUGUCAUGUGAUCUGCAAAAACACACGAGGACCCACAAUGCAGUCGCGCCUUGCCAGUGUGGUGAGUGUGGGAAAGGAUUUAAACAGUCAUGUGAUCUGCAGUCACACAUGAGGACCCACAAUGGAGUCACACCUUAUCAGUGUGGUGCAUGUGGGAAUAAAUUUACAAGGCCAGGUGACCUGCAGAAACACAUGAGGACUCACAGUGGAAUGAAUUGAUUGAAUUAUGUGGCUUGAAAUGUGAUAGGUGCAAUGAGUGAGUGAGUGAGUGAGUGAGUGAGUAAGGUUUUACGCCGCUUUUAGCAAUAUUCCAGCAAUAUC